ACUCUCCAUCUCCCUCUCCCUCUCUCCUCUCUCUCGCACUGGGACUUCCGAUUUCAGUUCAUCAUCAAAUAUUCAAAUCUGUUCGAAAUUUAUUCACCAAAAAGUUACAAAGAUAGAUAAUAAAUAACAUGGAAGGUGGAGAAGAACUCAGCAUAGAAGAAAUUGCUUCAAAUCUCUCUACUUACAAGGACCAGCUUCACCAGGUCAGAAAGCUUUUGGAUGAUGACCCUGGAAACUCUGAGUACGCUGACAUGGAAAAAGAGCUUGUGGAGGUAAUUGCUCUGACAGAAGAACUCUUGGCCACUGCGAAGCAGAGUGAGAAUUCUGGAUUGAAUAUUGGAACAAGCGUUGAUGCCUCUCCUAGUUCACACCAUUCUGGGGGUACUUCUCCGCAUAAUAUGGAACUAAGAAACAUCUCUGACCAUUCUGACAAGUUUCCUGUUGGCACCAAAGUUCAAGCUGUGUGGAGUGAAGAUGGGGAGUGGUAUGAUGCAAGGAUCGAGGCAUAUACUCCAAACGGGUAUUUUGUUUGUUAUGAUGGAUGGGGUAAUAAGGAAGAGGUGGAUCCUGCAAAUGUUAGGUCAAUUAAAGAAGGGGAUGGCGAUUCUUUACUGGAUGCUGAGAAGGAAGCUGAGGCUACUAAACAAGCUAUUAAACGGAAGAUUGCACAAGCAGCAGCUGUGGACUUUCAGUCACGGAGUUUACCAGCGAAGCUUCUUAUAGAUCCUAAUGACCCAGAAGAUGUGAAAGCUGCCAAACGUAAGAAGAUACACUCUUUCAAGUCAAAGAUGCGGAUGGAGCAACUUGAAGUCACACAGAAUAAGAGGCAAAAUUCUUGGCAGCAAUUCCAGACUGCCAAGGGUCGCACUAAGAAGAUUGGUUUCUUCUCGGGGCGCAAGCGAGAGAGCAUCUUCAAGUCUCCAGAGGAUCCAACUGGUAAGGUUGGUGUGACUGGAAGUGGGAAAGGUUUGACGGAGUUUCAGAAGAGGGAAAAACAUUUGCAUCUCAAGGGAGCAAAUGCUGAGACUGACGAAUAGAUAAUUGAGUUGAUCUUGAGUUUCUUCUCUAUCUUGAUUUUAUCUUCUUACGUGAAAGUAAAUUACAGCUUUGCUUUGUAGUUUUUUUUAUUGAUACCUUGUGCAUGGAUCUUGAGGUAAAAAUAUGCUGAGAGAUGCCGUUCCAUCAGGCCUGUUACGAUGUAAGAGAUGAAUUGAUAUAUGCAGAAGGGAGCCUGCUGCAAAUCUUCCAUUGUGUACAACACUUCUGCUACAAGGAGUGUAAGAUAAUGAGAUGACAGAAUGUUGCUCAAAGCCUUACCUUCUUUUCUUUUUUUCCUUUUUUUUUUAUUUAUUAUUUUUCUCUGGAAGGUCUCAAAGCCUUAAUGUGGGAAUCCGAAGGCACAUCAGAUGUUAUUUAUUUAGUAUAAAGUGACAAAUUAGUUGAACA